UGAAUGUCUUUCUCGUAGAUUUUUGUUUUAGUUCGUCGUCGUUUCAUUUUUGUGCAAUAGAAUAUCUCGAAUAUUUUAAGGCGCAUGUUUGCAUUUCACUGAUUUUGUAGCUAUUUGCCGUCCCGUAUUAUUAGCCUUCAAAUAAAUUGAAAAUCAUCCAGUUUGGGAAGAAUAAGUGCAAGUGACAGCAGCGAUGGCUGACGGUAACAGUUCCGACGAAGAUUUUCCCGAUGAUUGGAUUCUGUACGCUAACCGACCGGAAUGGAACGACGUAGUGCCGCUGAUGCAGGAUGAUGGCGAAAACCCAGUGGUCAUGAUCCAAUAUAGUGAGAAAUUCAAUGACGUCUACAGCUAUCUGCGAGCGAUUAUUUCCAAGCAGGAAAAGUCCGUCCGUGCCUUGCAGCUGACGCACGAUGCGGCCAAGCUGAACGCGGCCAACUAUACGGUCUGGCAGUACCGGCGGGACAUACUUAAGGCGCUCAAUUCGAACCUGUACGACGAGUUGGACUACAUUGAAGGCGUGAUCGAAGAUAAUCCGAAAAACUAUCAAGUUUGGCAUCAUCGCCGGGUGAUCGUCGAGUGGUUGAACGAUUCUUCGCGGGAGCUAGAGCUAACGGAAAAUAUUCUGAACAUGGAUGCCAAAAACUACCACGCCUGGCAGCAUCGGCAGUGGGCUAUCAAAACAUACAAUUUGUUUGACGAUGAACUGCAGUAUGUCGAUCGUCUUAUCUCGGAGGACAUGCGCAACAAUUCGGCCUGGAAUGAGCGUUUCUUCGUGCUUAAGCAUACCGGAUUUAGCACGGAUGUGCUCGAGCGGGAGAUAAACUAUGUGAUGAAUCGUAUUCGGUUGAUCAAAAACAAUGAAAGUCCAUGGAACUUUUUGCGUGGACUGUUGCAGCAGGGGGAAGGUAAACUGGGUCAGUUCCCGGAGGUGGUCGAAUUUUGUGAGGAUCUGUACAACUCCGGGGUUCGAUCGCCGUAUUUGUUGGCAUUCUUGAUUGAUCUCUAUGAGGAGAAAUACUUUGAAACCAGAAGAGGAGGGCAGAACGCCGAGGAGUACCAGGUUAAGGUGCAAGACCUGUGCGAUUCGAUGGCAAAUCAGCAUGAUCAAAUACGCUGUAAAUACUGGCGUUACAUAGCGGAUAAUUUCCGAAGGAAGAUGGAGGAAGAGCCCGAACAGAAUGGGCUGUAGUAAUAGGUUUGCAUCAGGUUUAAAGUUUAAAGCCGACGGCGAGUUUAUUUUAAAGAGAAUAUUGUCGGCGUUUGGAAAAAAUACAUCUAGAAGCCAU